CAUGAACAGAUGAAUGCACGCAAGCCAUUCAAGGCCCCGAGCUUCGUCAGACCACAGAGUCAGGGACAACAGGUCGCUGCUUCAGUGUCGUCUGAACCACCCUGCAAGAAACUACGCGUCGAGGAAGUCUCCGUCGCGCCGACUCCGAGACCGCGUCAGGCACCACGCGCGCCACUGUUGACCAUCACAAAGGCAACCAAUACGCUUGUACCUGCUGCUACUACAAAUGAAGCUUACUACCUUGUUGUAUGGCGGAAGCCUACACAGAAGAAGCACAAGACUUGGGAUGGUGAUGCCGUGCUCGCUGUCCACGGCGCAACUUGCGUCCUACAAGAUACAUCAGGCAAGGAACUUGCACGAGGAAAAUAUUGUGCUGGUGUAUUAGCUGUUGGAGAUCCACUCGUUGUCGGCGGGAAGGAGUGUGAGGUGGAGAGUCUUCUGUCACGACAAGAGUACUUGUCUGGUAAGCCAUUCCUUGCGACAGCUACUGCGCCUGUUUCUCAGCAAUCAGCACCGAAGCAGCCUUAUGUUAACCCCUUGAAGGGACAUACACCAAAAGUCAUAAGUUCAACAGCGCCACGGCAUGAUCCAAAAGCACCAAAUGCUCUUGUGCUACCAAGAAACAAGGCUAGUCAAGUGGAUGUUGUGGUCGAUCCCUUCAUCUCACAGUUCUUGCGCCCGCAUCAGCGAGAGGGUGUUGCCUUCCUCUAUGCAUGCAUCCUACGCUACAAAGACUACGAUGGCAGUGGUGCCAUUCUCGCUGAUGAAAUGGGGCUUGGUAAGACGCUCCAGACGAUUGCCUUGAUCUGGACGCUCCUCAAGCAAAAUCCCAUCCCCAACCAAGGUCCACUAGCAAAACGUGUUCUCAUCGUUUGUCCAGUCACCUUGAUUGCCAAUUGGAAGCGUGAAUUUCGGAAAUGGCUUGGUGGCGAUCGCAUUGGCGUGUACGUGGUGGACACCAGUGCGAAUCUGAAUGAUUUCUGUCAUGGACACGUCUAUCAAGUCAUGCUUAUUGGCUAUGAGAAGCUGACGUUGUUGCAAAAGACAGAUGCACUCGCACAAGCUCACUUUGAUCUGGUUGUCUGCGACGAGGGACACAAGCUCAAGUCGGCUGGAAGUAAAUCUGCACAGGCGAUUCGCCAACUCAAGACAAAGCGUCGCAUCUUGCUCACUGGUACACCCAUGCAGAAUGACUUGCUCGAGUUCUUUGUCAUGAUUGAUUUUUGCAAUCCGGGGUUACUAGGGACCGCAUCGACUUUCAAGAAAACAUUUGAAGGACCCAUCUUGAAAGCAAGGCAACCAGAGGCAAGUGAACAUGACAAGGAGAAAGGAGCAGCGCGUUCGGCAGAGCUCGCUCGUUUGACGGAACAAUUCAUCUUGCGACGUACUGCCGACAUUUUGUCAAAAUACCUACCAGCAAAGACGGAACUCGUUUUGUUUUGCAAGCCAACGCCGCUUCAGGUACAGCUGCACAAGCAACUUGUUGAAGCACCAGCGACUCUCGAGGGUUGCUUGAAAAGUACCGCUUUGCAACUCAAGUGCAUCACAACGCUCCGCAAGAUUGCCAAUGCACCCUGCCUGCUGGCUGCUGAAUCGGAAGAUAGCUUCAUUCAGUCUGUGCAAUCCCUCGUAACGACGCCACAGGCACGGCAGAGUGGUAAGUUGGCGGUGCUAGAACAGAUGCUGCGAUUGCUACAACCGACUGGUGAGAAGAUUGUCCUCGUCUCGCAAUUCACACAAACGCUCGAUUUGCUACAGGAAUUGCUGGGUCGUCUCAACUUGACAAGUUGUCGACUCGAUGGCAGUACAGCAACCAAGAAACGUCAAGAGAUUGUGGACCGUUUCAAUCGUAGCGAUGCUCGGUCUUGCUUUGCCUUUUUGUUGUCCGCCAAAUCGGGUGGAUGUGGCUUGAACCUGGUUGGCGCUAGUCGACUUGUCUUGUACGACACGGAUUGGAAUCCAAGCGUGGAUCUCCAAGCCAUGGCGCGGAUUCAUCGCGACGGUCAAAAACGACCCGUCUUCAUCUAUCGCCUCCUGCUGGCUGGUACGAUUGAUGAGAAGAUCUACCAACGACAAGUGUCAAAACAAGCACUAGCGGAUGCACUGCUUGACAGUAAAGUCUCUGGUUCGAGCUUUAGUGCUGGUGAAUUGCGUGACUUGUUUACACUACAUGAGGGCGUGGAGAGUGUUGUUCAUGCAGCGUUGCAUUGUGAGUGUGCAGGCGAUGGCACCAUCUUGGACCUUGAGCCACCCACAGACGACGCAUCUACCAAGGAUGAAGCGAAUGAAUUGCCUGGCUGGAUGCGUGCAAGUCAGGUGACUGCUCGACUUGAGCGCGACGAGGCAGAGGCACAACGCACAGCUGCUACAACGAUGCGAGCACUCCGAGCAUUCCAGCAUGUAUCGCCGCAAGUGGCAGCAGGGAUGGAGGGACUUGAAGAUGUCGUUGGAGAUGGCAUUCUGACGAGCAUGCUGCAGACGCCGCGCGAUUUGACAUUUUGCUUCAUCAAGCGACACGGUAGCGAAGUUGCAGAAGGUGCUGAUUAGCGUCGAAACAGUCCCUUGCGCUUUUCCUCCUCAACAACGAGGAACGGAUUGCCGUCGUACUUUGGCUUCCAAAUCCAUUGAUUGCCUGGAAUGGCUUGUGCCUUCUCCUCUGCUCUGCGAUACCAGUAUGCUGCUUUCCGCUUAUCCUUCUUCUUUUGUGCAUCCAUACCAAAGCCAGUCUCAUAGCACCAUGCAGUUUCCGUCAUGGCAUCGAUAUCGCCUAGAUUCGCAGCA